GUAAUUGUGGCUGCUGCCCGCCCCAACUUAGAUUUCCUCGACUUUCUUCGUUAUCGAAUAUCCCAAGACCUUGCAAUAGUCCGCAAGCAAAUUCUACCCAGAUUGUACAGACCUUGCACGACUCGCUACCGAAAUCUGGGAAGUAAUCGACGGCAUCCCUUCACCUUGUUUAUUCACUGUUUUGUCCCGACCGUACGGCACAGCGCGGCGCAACUCCACACUUCAUCCCACCUCAGCAUUCCACUCCCGAGCUUCAGCCUCAAAACGCUUCCUCUUCCAGAACCUCGCACGGCCACCGACGCCACAAAUCACAUAAGAAAUGUCUUCCCCACCAACACCACCCGAAGAGAAGCAGACGGAAGAGCAAAAGCAAACCCAGAGAGACAAGGUCCUCGCACAAGCGACCGCCAAGCUCCAGGAGGCACAGAAAGAGACCGAAGCUGCGCAGGAGCUCCGCGAGCGGGCCGAGGCGACCGAGGACCCGGAGGAGAAGAAGAAGAUACUCGCCGAGGCCGCGGAGCACGAGAAAAAGGCUCAGGGGUCUGCGAAGCAGUCCAAGCGGCUGCAGAGCGGCAUUUGGCAGGGCGGCAUUGGCGGCGCAGGCAUCGGAGCCGGACUGGGGACUGGACUGGGUGCUGGCGUGGGUACAUUGGUGGGGGCUGUUGUUGGCGGUGUCACGGCUAUUCCUACGACGGGGCUGGGGCUUUUGGUUGGAGUUGGCACGGGUGCGAUACAUGGGCCUUGGUAUAAGUUGGAACAGGAGAAGAAGGAGGCUGAGGAGGCCGAGGCGAAUGGGGAGGAGGAGGGAGAGUCGGAUGAUGGAGAAGGGGGCGAGAAGGCUGCCAAGGCCGUCAAGGCCGGUUGAGAUCUAGGCCGUCUAUCCAUUUCCUUCUUACCUUUGUGUUGUUUUUGUUUGGCGAGGAUACCAUCUGA